AUGGCUGACAAAAAUAGUGCUGCUGAAUGGUUAGAUGUUAGUGGAAACGAAGAGGCUUUAAAUAAGAACGAAAGGCUUAGAGAUAACCUAUGCGUUUCGAAUAACGGUAGACUGAAAUGGCUUGGUUCAUUCGAAGAACUAAAGGACAUUGUCAGCAAUCCAAUAAUGUUGACAGGAAAGUGGGCAGGUCCAGGUGGGGAUUGCAAAUUAUUCGAAGCAGAAAAUACAGAAAUAAGAUGGUAUUCGAAGACCAAAACGUUAACAGUCAAAGGGGAUAAAGCUGAUGAGUUCAAAGCUAAAAUAAUGCCGGAAAUAAUUCCAAAUAUCGAUGAACAAACAGAAGAAAUUGAGAAAGAUGGCGGUAAUGCAUUUGAGCAAGAAGGCAACCAAGCGAAACAUGGGAUGGGCACCUCGGAUGUUGUUACCUUUGCCGAGUUAUUCGAGAAAAUUAGUGAUGUACAACAACAAAUGCAUAACAAGUUUGAAUACCUGUCCUCUGUGAUGAAAUAA